CUCUUCCCCUCCCAACACCAUCCAGAAUAGAAAGGCCUUUUCCAGUCAUUGAGGGAACACCUCUGUGCAGUUCCACUCCCACAACUCUUAUUCUUUCUCAUCCCAGAGAAAGAUAUGGCUGCCGUUACCUCGUCUGCCGUUGUUGCCCCAGUUGCCUUCAAGGCAACUGUUGAGGCCUCUGCUGCCUCCUCCAAGUCUGUGUCCUUCUCCGGACUGAAGGCUGGUGUUGCUGGUCCCAAUGGGCUCGCCGCCAAGACUGUCUCCAACGGCAGCCGCGUCUCCUGCAUGAAGGUGUGGAACCCCAUUGGCAACCCCAAGUUCGAGACCCUGUCUUACCUUCCCCCUCUCACUGACGAUCAUAUCAUCAAGGAGAUCCGCUACAUGCUCCAGAACGGCUGGAUCCCCGCGAUUGAGUUCGACCCCAGCGGUGUUGUGUACAGGGAAAACAACAGCGGCCCCGGCUACUAUGAUGGCCGCUACUGGACGAUGUGGAAGCUGCCCCUCUUCGGCUGCACUGAUGCGUCCCAGGUUCUCAGGGAGAUCAACGAGUGCAAGGCUUCCUACCCUGGUUGCUUCAUCCGCGUUCUGGGCUUCGACAACGUGAAGCAGGUCCAGUGCAUGUCCUUCAUUGUCCACAAGCCAUAGAGGGGAUGUGACAUGGGUUUCUUGUAGUUGCCGUAUAAUUAUGGAUUUUCUGGCGGUUCCAUAAUGACUCUUCCCAAUUUUGACGAAACUAUCUGAACGGAAAAUCGCGCAUCGUGCAGUAACAUCAUAUCAGGAACCUAUCCACAGCGUGAAGACCGCCAUUACUUCCCAAUUGCGUGAAGAAAGAAUCACUGACCGUACUAUUCCAGUUAAAAUCCAGAUUAAGGCUGCCUGUUCACUAAGGUAUUACUCCCUGCACAUUACUCUAGAGAU